CAGCCUGCCUCUCUCCUGCCUCUCUGCCUCAGCCAACCCGGGCUGUGCCGAGCUGCUCCCUGCGGGAUCAGAGCGCUCCCCCGCCGGGACCCUUCUCUCACAUCCCCCUGCUGGGACGCGGCUACAUUUCCAGCCAAGCACUGCCUGCCUUGGCUUUAUUAUGUGUGUCUGCGCCGCAGCCCCGCCAGCAGAGGCAGGCAGAGGAGGAGGGAGACUGGUAGCCAGAGUCAGGACAAAGAAAAAGCAGGGAGAAAGAGGCUAGCGAAGGGUUAUACUGGUAGGAACAUUAGGCUGCUAUAUAUAUCGCCGGUAGGGCAUUGAGAAAUAUUAACAAAAAGAAAGCUUGGGUUAAAAGCAGUGGGCUAUUCUCCUCGGGGUGAUGAUGCUGGGGAAGAGCGGUGUGUCCAUGCCACCAGACCACCACCACUAGUGUAGAAUAACGGGACGGAACACAGGAGGCUGGUCGGUUCGGUGCAGCUUUCCUGAAGGAAAAACCAAACCACAACAGACUGAAAUAGUUUCGAUAAACUAAAAACAAAAAAAGCCGCCUGGAGCGCGGGGGAAGAAGCCACAUUUUAUUUUGAAAGCAAUUUCCCAGAACAGUAUUCGUCGCCUCUCUUCACCUGGACCGUCUCGAACCGCUGUUGCACCGCCACCUCGCACUCGGACGGUGCCGCUGUCACUUUUCUUCAAUAGUCUACCGCGCGGGACCUGCUCAGGUGUUUGCCGCGCGCGUGGCUGGCAGCUCGCGCCCCGGUCCAUAGUGCUGAAAAUAGCCGGAGCGGCACGAGCGCCCGGGCUGCACCGGAGAAAGCAAAACGUGCGCGGGGUAAAAGAGAAGAAACAAAAAAGCGAGUCUGUCGGCGUCAAGGAACGUUGUAACGAAGAAGGGAAUACCAACGGGAAGUUGUUUCCGUUUACGCUACAGGUUGCGCGAGCCCUAGCGACAGUUACAGAAGAAAGCGCAGAGGAGCCGAGUGUCGCCCGCUCCCACUCCGGGUGUGUGUGGUUUGUUAUCAUUGGACUAACGGCUGUUUCCCAAUCAGAGACAGAAGCUGCCGCAUUGCAACAGGCGAAGAAGCAGCAGCGAAUUUGUGGAGGAGGAACCGACUUUGUCCGCCUGCAUGGUUAGCUGAAAACACGGAACGGAACAACACAAUUAGAGAAUAAAAAAUAAAGCUGUUCGAAACCAGAAAUGUCGAGGCGGAAACAAGCCAAACCGCGCUCGGUUAAAGCGGUAGAAGAAGGGGAGUCUUCAGAGUGUGGAAGGACCUGGGAUGAAUCAACCGUCCAGACAGAAGUCCCAGCAGCUGACAGAGAGGCAGAGCCCAAAGACGGUCUUGGGGUGGGCGCUGAGGACGGAGAACAAGAGGAGCACGACGACCGAGAUCAUGAUGAUGACCUAGAUGACGAGUCCAUCUUCACCUGUGACAACUGUCAACAUGACUUUGACUGUCUGGCUGAGCUCACGGAGCACAGAACCCACCACUGCCCAGCAGAUGGGGAUGACGACCCUGCAGGGCUGUCCUGGGUGCCUUCCUCGCCUUCCAGCAAGGAUGUGGCAUCGCCCUCGCAGAUGCCCGACGGCUGCUGCGACCUCGGCAUGGCCACUGGCGGCGAGGAGGAAGGAGGCGCCGGUCUGCCGUACCCCUGCCAGUUCUGUGACAAGUCCUUCAGCCGGCUGAGCUACCUGAAGCGCCAUGAGCAGAUCCACAGCGACAAGCUGCCUUUCAAGUGCACCUUCUGCAGCCGUCUGUUUAAACACAAGAGGAGCAGAGACCGCCAUGUCAAGCUACACACAGGAGAUAAGAAGUAUAGUUGUCAGGAGUGUGAAGCUGCAUUCUCCCGCUCGGAUCACCUAAAGAUCCAUCUGAAGACACACAGCUCCAGCAAACCGUUUAAGUGCAGUGUGUGUAAGCGUGGCUUCUCCUCCACCUCAUCACUGCAGAGCCACAUGCAGGCUCACCGCAAGAACCGAGAGCACCUUGCACUGAGGAGUGAGAGGGAUGGAGGGAAGAAGGGAAGCGAUGUUGACCUGGAUCAGGACCUGUAUAUGUGUGAUUACUGCGAGGAGACGUUCAGCCUGACGGACGAGCUAGAGAAACACGUUAUGACCAGACACCCUCAGCUGUCUGACCGAGCCGACUUGCAAUGCAUCCACUGUCCUGAGAUCUUCCUAGAUGAGGCUUCUCUCCUCACACAUAUUGAAACACAGCAUGCCAACAGAAAACACAAAUGUCCUGUCUGUUCCGAACAGUUUCCAUCUGUGGAGGAUGUGUACUGCCAUUUAGAUAGCCAUCGUCAGCCAGACUCCUCUAAUCACAGCGCUGCCAGUCCCGACCCUCCGCUAGGCAGUGUGGCCUCAAUGAGCUCGGCCACUCCAGACUCCAGUGCCAGCCUGGAGAGGGGCUCCACGCCGGACUCUACCCUAAAGCCCAGCCAAGGCAUCGAACGUAGCCGCAGAAGGGGCCCCGACACUGGGGAAGAUAUCGGGAUAAGCCUGGGUCAUCAAGGUGGAGGCUAUCUGUCUAUCCCUACAGGGGGCGGUGGGAGCUGGGGUAAACUGACGUACUCUUGCCCUUACUGCUCAAAGAGAGACUUCCACAGCCUGGCGGUGUUGGAGAUCCAUUUGAAGACUAUCCAUGCAGAUAAGCCGCAGCAGAGUCAUACAUGUCAUCUCUGCCUGGACACUCUGCCCACGCUGUACAACCUCAACGAACAUGUGCGCAAAGCUCAUCGUGCCAGCGGAGGGACCAAAGGCACAGCAGCGUUUCCCCUGCUGCAGUUCACUAAUGUCACAGCGUUCCACUGUAACUACUGCCCAGACAUGUUUGGAGACAUCAAUUCUUUGCAAGAACACAUCAGAGUGUCGCACUGCUUGCCUGGUGGGAUUGUGGCGGGAUCCACUACACUAGAAGGGAACCAUGCCUUCUUCUGCAACCAGUGCUCCAUGGGAUUCUUGACAGAGUCUUCGUUGACCGAACACAUCCAGCAGACGCACUGCACCUCCGUCGCAGGGGGGGGAGCUGCAUCUGGAGGAGCGGUGGCCAAACUGGAGUCUCCUGUACUACAGUCUGCAUCGCAGUCCUUCAUGGAGGUUUACUCGUGCCCUUACUGCACCAAUUCUCCUAUCUUCGGCUCACUCCUCAAGCUCACCAAGCAUAUAAAGGAGAACCACAAGAACAUCCCUUUGGCAACAAACAACAAGCGGCAGGCAAAGGUUGCCGACCUAAGCCCAGCCUCUUCUGACAUAGAGAUCUCGUCCCCAAAACGCCACAGACUGGGAGGGGACUCCACCCCCUCGAUGGGGAGCAAUGGGGACUACCCUUGCAACCAAUGUGACCUGCGGUUCUCCAGCUUUGAGGGCUUCCAGGCCCACCUAAAGUCCCACCUGGAGAUGCUGCUGCGGCGCCAGUCCUGCCCCCAGUGCAACAAGGAGGACUUUGAAUCCCAGGAGGCGUUGCUUCAACACCUGACAGUGCACUACACAACCACAUCGACCCAGUAUGUGUGUGAGAGCUGCGAUAAGCAGUUCUCCUCUGUAGAUGACCUGCAGAAACACCUGCUUGACAUGCACACAUUUGUCCUGUACCACUGCACUCUAUGCCAGGAGGUCUUUGACUCCAAGGUCUCCAUACAGGUGCAUUUGGCUGUGAAGCACAGCAAUGAGAAGAAGCUUUUCCGCUGCACUGCCUGCGCCUGGGACUUCAGGAAGGAGUCAGAUCUUCAGAUCCACGUGAAGCAUAACCACCUGGGCCAGAGGUCGGGCCUCCCAGGGGGGCUCGCAGCAGGACUCAAGCCCCGGAAGUGUAUCUUCUGCGGAGAGACGUUUGGAUCAGAGGUGGAGCUCCAAUGCCACAUCACCACACACAGCAAGAAGUUCACGUGUCGCUUCUGUGGAAAAGCUUUCCAAGCCAUGUCACUGCUGGAGCGACACCUGAGGGAAAAGCACUGCCUCUUUGAUGGUGGCAACAUUACCGGCAACGGAGGUGGUACAGGGAGCGGUGGCAGUCAAAACGGGACGCCCAACGGGCUAGCACAGUCCUCCAAGAGAGGAGGAGGCAGUGGUGGCAGUGGAGGUGCAGCAUGCGCGGAAAGGGCAACAGUUGCGGCUGCUGAACAGGCCGAUUUGCAAAACAUGUUGCUGAAGAGUGCCGUUGUGGGAGGAGCUGGCCAGGGAGGAGACACAGCCAAUAGCCACGAGGCCAGCGGGGGGGAGGAGGAGCUGGACAAUUCAGAGCCCAUGUAUGCCUGUGAUAUCUGCGGAGCGGCCUACACCAUGGAGUCGCUUCUACAGAACCACCGGCUGCGUGACCACAAUAUCCGACCGGGAGAAGAUGACGCUGGUUCUCGAAAGAAGAAGGCAGACUUCAUCAAGGGGAACCACAAGUGCAAUGUGUGCUCCAGAACAUUCUUCUCUGAGAACGGGCUUCGUGAGCACGCUCAGACGCAUCGCGGUCCCGCCAAACACUAUAUGUGUCCAAUAUGUGGGGAGCGUUUCCCCUCUCUGCUAACCCUCACUGAACACAAGGUGACCCACAGUAAGAGCUUGGACACAGGUACCUGUCGAAUCUGUAAGAUGCCUCUGCAGAGCGAGGAGGAGUUUAUAGAGCAUUGCCAGAUGCACCCCGACCUCCGCAACUCCCUCACCGGUUUCCGCUGCGUGGUCUGCAUGCAGACCGUGACCUCCACCCUGGAGCUGAAGAUCCACGGAACAUUCCACAUGCAAAAGCUCUCCACUGGUUCUGCACUUGGAGGCAAUGGAGGAGGCGGUGGGAAUGGAGGAAUAGGCGGAGGGAACGGUUCAGCCUCUUCAUCCCCCAACGGGCAGCUGCAGCAGCACAAGUUGUAUAAAUGCGCCUUCUGCCUAAAAGAGUUCAAGAACAAAGGGGAGCUGGUGAAGCUGGAUGUAAACGGUCUGCCUUAUGGCCUCUGUGCCGGCUGCAUGAGCAGGGGUACGAAUGGGCAGAGCCCCAACCAGGGAGGAGCUGCCACGCCAGGGGACGCACAGGGAGAGAAGGCCAUGGCCGGGCUGAGGUGUCCGGAGUGUGGAGUGAAGUUUGAAAGCGUGGAGGACUUAGAGAGUCACGUCCAGACAGAUCACCCUGAGGUCAGCCCUGAGACCAGUGCAGCAGGAAAGAAGGCGGAGGCUUCACCUGCCCCCAAGAAAAAGACCUACCAGUGUAUUAAAUGCCAAAUGACGUUUGAGACGGAAAGGGAGAUUCAGAUUCACGUCGCUAAUCACAUGAUCGAAGAGCCCACCUGUCGGCCAGAGGAGGGCAUCAAUCACGAAUGCAAGCUGUGUAACCAGAUGUUUGAUUCACCUGCCAAGCUGCUUUGCCACCUGAUAGAGCACAGUUUCGAAGGCAUGGGAGGUACCUUCAAGUGUCCCGUGUGCUUCACAGUGUUUGUGCAGGCCAACAAGCUCCAGCAGCACAUUUUUGCCGUCCAUGGCCAGGAAGACAAGAUAUAUGACUGUUCCCAGUGUCCGCAGAAGUUUUUCUUUCAGACAGAACUACAGAACCACACACUGAGUCAGCACGCGCAGUGAGACCGCGGCCCGGCAGGAUCUCUCGGCUCAGCCGGGGCCCCCGACCCGGAGCCGGCAGGGGACUCCCAUCUCCACAUCACAGCCAAUCAAAGUGUCAUUUGCUACUCACAUGUAAAACUCUAACGAUCGCGCCACUGGGCGCGGCUAUUAGGAGCAGCGGGGGAAAGGAAUAUUAAUGGGAUAUGCUAUUAAAUAAAGAAAAGGAAAAAGUGGGUGAGAGAAACGGUAAGAGCUAGAUGAAGGAAAGGGAGAAGUAAAAAAAAAAAAAAAAAAAGGUAUUGUAUGUGCAGUAUUUUUUAUUGUCCCUGCCAACCCCGACCUCCCCCACCAGCUUCUUCCUCCUCCCCUCUUCUUUCCUCUCCUCCCAACCAUCACCCGCCUGGUCAGGCAUUUUAUUUUAUUUUUUAACAAUAGAAAAGGAAAAAAAAGACCCUUUGUUUUGGGAUUUUGUUUUAAUAGAUUGUAGGAAAAAGCUUCACUUUCUCGCCCCCUCAGUUGCUUAUUGUAUUUAACUUCAUAGGUGCCAAUUUCUUUGAUUUUUUUCUUUCUGCCAUUUGCUCUUAUUUUCUUUUUCAUUUUUGUACCUUUCAUUUCUCGCCGUAAGUAGGUACUUGUGCUGUGUUGUGAUUGUUUGUUUGCCAGUCGAAAUAUUCCUGAGUCCCCCCCCCCCCCCCACAACUCUCCUUUUUAUGAUUAUUGUUAUAUAUUUUUUUCCUUUUUGUAAUUACUAUCAAAAAAAGACAUCAAACUAAAUAAAGUGCAGAAAACCAUACAGAUGUUUCUUUUUUUUUAUUGGGUUUUCCAGUCUCUAUGGAGCCUAUAAUGGUUAUUGUAAAAAUGAAUAUCAUCGAUUUCAGUGCGUCUGGUCAAUGACUGCUUUUUAAAUGUGAAUUAACCAGAUUGCAAUAAUCUAGUACAGACAACAAAAGAUAAAACAAAUAAAUACAUGACAAAUAAAGA